UCUCCGCCCGUCUCCUGCAGGCAGCUCCUCGAUCAGUCCCCAUGGCCAUGGUGCAGCCGGUCGACAUGGCCGUCAAGGCCAACCAGAUCCUCGCGCGCUUCCGCCCCAUCGCGCCAAAGCCGGCCGCCCUGCCCACAUCGCCGGCCAUCGACGGCGCCGCCGCCGUGGCAGCCAACAGCGUGCUCUGCCACCUGCAGAGCAGGCCGUGCCGGGCGCGCAAGCGAGGGCGCCAGAGCAGCGUCGUCCCGGUCUCCCCGUCCUCGUCCGCCAAAAGGAAUAAGAGGCCCGUGUACACGAUGCCGCUCCGGUGCGCGGCGGCCGCGGCCACCGACGCGGUGGUGGCCACGGCGACGAGGGCGCACGUGUCGGUCGCCAUCCCACCCACUGCAUGCAUGUCCCUGGCAUCGCUCUCGGCGGGUGCGGCAGGCCAGGACGACGAGGAGGAGGAGCGGGACGUCCCCGUGGAGCGCGACCUGCUGCGGAAGCUGCUGGAGCCCAAGGUGAUCUCGCCGCGGGCCGUGCGCCCCGUGGGCUCCACCAUCCACAUCGCCUCCGUCGUCCUCCACGGCGCAUGCACCAACGCCACAGGCCCCACCGCGUCGUCCAAGACGGCGGAGGAGGUGGAGGCGGAGCUGGAGGCCGACGCGCUCCCGGCGGUGGUCUCGGACUCAGGCAACCGCGUCCGCCUCGUCAACGACAAGUACAAGGAGAUGGUGGGCGCGCCCGAGUGCACCUGGCUCGGCGCGCUCGCCAGGAGGAUCAGCGGCGAGGUGGCCCUUGUGGUGCCCGACCAGCCGGACACCCGCGGGGGGUUCUCGUGCGCGGCCAAGAUCGAGUGGGAGCGCGGCGGCGGCGAGCGGGCGUCCGUGCAUGCGGCGUGCGACGUCACCCGGCUGCACUGCGACUCCAGGGACUACAUUUACGCCUGGAGGUUCCGCACCGCCGACGCCGACGCAUCAUCCUCCGUCAGCAGCCACCGCUCCGGCGACGCAUGAGACGACACUGCUGCCGUCUGUACUGUACAUCCUGCGUCGUGGUCUCGUGGACAACUCCAAACCCAACCAAGUGCAUAUGCCAUAGUAGAUUAAGUCGCAUGUUCUUUUGUUUUGUUUUAAGACUAGGUUAAGGUGCAUGUUUAGCGGUGCUGGUAAACCUAGGUGACUGAGCUGUUUCCUCUUUUGGUAACUCCAUAGGUUGCAUGGCCAGGUACUACUAAAGUACAUACAUAUGAUGUUGACUGGAGAAUGGAAGGGAAAAUAUGACAUGUGCUUUAGUGGAAUUGUACAUCUGCUGGUGCCUUCUCAGGUUCUUGGUGUUCCAUUUGAUAACGACCGCUGAUUGGUAUAGGAGUGCAAAGGACAAGGCAGGAUAGACAAAAAGCCUAGCCACAGACUGGCAAUCAGGAUCUGUCUCGGCCUUCUUUGCGUGCAACCGGGGGUGACUUGGGUAAGCAAAUGUAGUAGACAAUAGAGCAAAAACUAUUGCCAAGUUCUUUUGAGUGAACGAGCACUUUAUGAAAUGACAAACGCAAGGUACAUGUUUGGCUGAUCAGUUAACAAACAUUUGAUGAUAAGAUGAACAUUGUGUUCGGUUACAAUGCGUGCUUAUUACACGUUUGAUGGAGGCAUGUCCUGCUCAUAUUGCACACCAGGGGUUGAUCAAAGAGAAAAGCAGUACAGACAGCAUAUGGAAAACAACAUCCCGUCACAUUCUUCACACACAACAUGCAAGCCCACGGCUUAAGCUGCUUCCUCCGUCUUCGGGGGACCUUUCCACUUGAAGUUUUCUGCAUACGUUUUGGGCUGCA